AUGAGUGUAUUUCCUGGAUUUGGUGGGUGGAUCAAUCAGAACAUGCAACAGCCUCUUAAGGCCGAGUCCAAGAGACAUGAGAAUGUUAAAUCUAAUUCAGAUACUAAUAAUCCGGAACCAUGGUAUGAGGAUCCUGAUGAGGACCCUGAGUCGAAGGCCGCGGCCAAGAAACAUGGGGAUGUUAAAUCUAGGACAUUAUAUUCGGUAGAUCCUAAAUAUUUUGAUUUAGCUGAGCUGAAGAGACAAGCAAGAGUUUGGACAAAUGCAAACAACAAGCAGCCAUGGUAUGAUGCUCCGGCUAAGGUGAAAACAAAAAAUGGUCUUUGCCAUUUGAACAUAGAAUUCACAUUAGGAUUAUUUCCUCAAGGAGCCUAUGAGAUGCUCACUAAUCCAAGAAACAUAUCAUUCUUCAGUCCAUUCGACAACGAUCACUCUAGCCAGCGUCUGGAAAACAAAUCAACAAAGGUUUUGAAGAAGGAUGGACCAAGGCAGAUCACAAAGGUGGGGAAAGCUUUGAGAUGGAAGCUCCUUUGGUGGUCUGGAACUAUCCCGAUACAUCUAAUCAUCGAUGAAAACCAUCAAAAUCUUACGGCAAAAUAUAAAAAAGAGAAGAUGAUGUACAUGAAAGUGUUGGAGGGUAGCUGGAAAGUUGAGCCACUAUACAUAGAUGCAGACCGCUUGUGCAAGCACAUUGACCCCAAGAAUCAACAAGAGUACAAAAAAUGUAGCGGAGGACAAGGAAGGAUUGCAUCGAAGGUGACAAUGGAGGAGAUCUUUGAGCCUUCUCCUCUUCUUAAUUUACCACCGGUUUCUUGGAUCAUGCGUGCGAUCGUCAUCAAAACCACCAAGAUUUUGCUGGAAGAUCUUAGACAUUUUGUUAUCGAUGACAUGAAGAAUAGUUGA